AUGAAGCCCACCACAAUCCUCCUCGCAACCAUCCUCCCCGCCCUAGCCAUAUCAGCAGCCGCCCCCGACCCCGACCCCGAACCCGAAGCCCCCGACACCGCGCCGGACGUCGAUCUCAGCGAAAGAGCGGACGCCAACCCCCCCAAGACAUGCAAGAUCAACAAGGCGAAUCCCCCGGAUAUCGCCCCAUUCUGGGAGCUCCCCUGCGCGUGCACCGGGCGUGCAGGGCAGUGGACCCUCGGGACCGAUAUCAAGCUUGUCUGCCGGACGGAGGUUGCUGGGACGGAUUGGUAUAAGACCAAAUCCGGGUUCUGGGUCCGGAACCUGAAGGCUGGAACGCCCGGACCGGGAUGUAAGGGCGGGAUCCCUGCGGGGCUGCCGAACUGCGAUAUCUGA